UCCCGCGUGGGUCAGGGGCGCGAGUUGCAUGGUAUUGCAUCGUUUCGCGCGCGCGUCCCUUAUCAGUGAAUGUAAAUGCAAGUGUGUGCUACAAAUGAAUCAGCUGAGCGCCAGCUGUGUCAUACGACUCGACCAAUCGGAUAAACGUAUGCCCGAAAGGUUACUAGCGCCACCUAUAAGCACGCCUGCCCGGCGCCCAUCACUUCUUUGGCGUUCCUGCAAAACUUCGCGCUGCCAAGCAGUUUCUUUAAUGAAUUUUAAAUAGCUAUUAUCUUUGUAUUUAUCGUUUAAAUAUGACCAUCUAACAUUCUUCAUUGUUACGUAUUUAACGUGAGUGACUAAAAAGAUAUUCCAUUGUUUCUUAGAAAAUAUAGUGUGAUUAGAUCAAGGCGGGAAGCAUUCUCCAAUGGACGCGGGAGAGCAUGGAUGCACCUCGGUUUGUCUGAUUUCGAAAACGCCACGAUGCUGUAAUUUCGUAUAUAUGUGAAAAAAAAGACCGAUAUAAAGACGAAUGUACUCGUUUUAUUCAAGAAUUCGCUUGUUGAAUGUCAUUAAAGUGCAUAUUUAUUGGAAAAAUCACACUAACUGUGAAACGUCGUCGAGUGAAUCAACAGCUUGGAAGACCUUUCUUUGACCAACAAAAUCCUUGUUUCCUGAGGAUGACAUCGGUGUUUGUCCAUUGAGAAAGGUCAAGGGAAGUUCUCCGGAAAGUAUUUGUAAAAAUUGAAAAAUUUUCCCCUUUUGAGGUUAUGGUAUUCAUAUAGAGGGCGUCACAGCGCCAGAUUGCAAGCAGGGGUUGGUCAUCGUUUCGCGCGCUGGUCUCCCGCGCUUCGAGAUCCACGUCCUCGGAUUUUUCCAUGAAAAUUUUAUUCCAAAGUUAUUUACAUUAUGAUGGUACAUCGCUAAAGACUAUCGGAGAUUUUCUUUUGAUUAAAUCGAAUAAGUGUGUUUACGUUUCAUCGUUAAAUAUUGGAUUGGUAUCGGGGAAGGAGACGUGCAUUAUGGCGAUCGAGUGUGUCUGAGCUUCGCGCGCUCUCAUACUUUUUAGUAUUUUCUCGACAAUAUUGUAGUACGAAAUCUUACUUGCUUUUCGUCAAAACUUAGUCUGAUAUCACCCGAUACCGAGGAUUAAUAAAAAAAAAUCUUAACUCUUAAGAAUAUUUCGAACUCUGCGAGUAUUUCUCAGCAAGAUGCCACAGACCAGUUUACAAGAGAAAAAGUCUUCCCAAACUUAUUUGCAAAGUGGUAAAGAGAGGCAAUUGUUAAAGCGUAAAAGACGUACAGCUGAACUUUCUGAAGAUUCAGAAAAUAUUUAUCCUCCUAGCAAAGUACCAGCAUUAUCUCAUGUGUCAUAUACAGAAUCUUGUAAUGGUACACAUUCUAUAGAAAAUCCAUGUACACCUCAACAUCAAACAUCUCCUUUAAAAGAACAACAGGAACCAGCAACUUGGUCGGAAUUAAGAAAUGCAACUUGUUUCUUGACACCUUCAGGUUCUAAUAACGCAUCAAAUAGGCAAAGUCCUCUCCCAUCGUUUCCUUGGGCAGAUGGUUCACAAGUAUGGGCCCUUAUGUGUCUGGGAGAUCAAAAGACUCUUAGUCAAAGAGAUCCGCAAAUGUUUCAAAGGCAUCCAACAUUACAACCACGAAUGCGUGCUAUUUUGUUGGAUUGGUUAAUCGAAGUUUGUGAAGUGUACAAACUACACAGAGAAACUUAUUAUCUUGCCAUGGACUAUAUAGACAGAUAUCUGUCCACUCAUCAAAACGUACCAAAAAGUCAAUUACAACUUAUAGGUAUUACAUGCCUGUUUAUUGCAGCCAAGGUUGAAGAAAUCUAUCCACCUAAAAUAGCUGAGUUUGCAUAUGUUACUGAUGGGGCCUGCACAGAGGAAGAGAUUUUAGGAAAAGAAUUAAUCAUUUUGAAAGGAUUAGGGUGGAAUCUCUCGCCGAUGACUGCUCCAGGAUGGCUUAAUAUCUACAUGCAAAUAGAAUCCGGUGAUUGGUCUAAACCCAAUGUAUUUAUAUAUCCACAGUAUAGUGGAUUGCAGUAUUCGCAAGCUGCUCAGCUUUUGGAUUUAGCAACCUUGGAUGAAGGAAGUUUAAAAUUUCCUUAUAGCCAUAUAGCUGCAGGAGCUAUUUAUCAUACACAAGGAAGAGAACGUGCUUUAAGGGCAUCGCGUCUUUCCUGGGAACAAUUGGCUCCUUGUGUUAAAUGGCUGACUGCAUUCGCCUCGACAGUGUUGGAAGAUGGUUCCCAAUUUUUGUUAAGAUCUACUGUUCCUCCUGUGGAAUCUAAUUCAGGAUCUGGACUUAAAGCAACAGUACCUAACAUAGUGAUGGAUGAAUCGCAUCGCAUACAAACUCACGUGGUAGAUCUGAAUAUGUUAGAAAAAGCGCAACAACGAUUGGCAGAAGAAAUUUUACUAGUCGACGUAGAGGAAACAGAUGUAAAAACUGAAUCUGACAGACAUAGUAGUCCGAAUGAAAGUGGUCUUUUAACUCCUCCUUCUAGUAGCCAAAAAACUUCUCCUACAACACCGAGUCUCCCGCCACAGUUACAUCCGUAUACAUAAUACUUAUUUGCAAAUGCUCGAUGUUAUUAUAUUACUAUUACUCAUCUCAUCGCGAAUAUUUUUUUAAACUUUAGAAUUAUUAUAAUUAGAGCGAUUCUUUGUAAAAAAAAAAAAAAAAAAAAAAAAAAAAAGAAAAA